AUGCUCGACGUCGUGCGCCACCACAAGGUGCGCAGCAACCCCGACCUCUACACCGCCAUCGAGGAGAUGCUGGGCGGCUCCGUCGGCACGAGCAAGUACGCGGGGUGCCAGUUUGGGUACCGACAGCGCGGCUUCCACCACCGCGCCCGCUCGCCCCUUUUGGAGCAUGCAGGAAAGGGAAUCCACAUAUUUCUGUUUUGGGAGCAUGCAGCGACGCAGCCUGUGGCGCUGUUUGUCGCGCUCGCGCUCGCCUAUGCUUGGUCGGUCGUUGCAGCCGCGCCGCUCAACGUGCCGCCCGUCAUGAUGCGGCCAUCGCUCGCCUCGCAAUGGCUCGUCGCGCCAGCGCUCAGCUGCGUGUGGCUCAGCGUGCCAUCGCUGCUCGCGGCCACUGCACCAAGAGGCGUUGUAGCCGCGCCGCUCGUCAUGCCGCCCGUCAGUGUGCGGCUCGCCUUGCCAACGCUCGUCGCGCCGUCGCAGCUCAUCCCGCCGCGGCUCAUCGCGCGAUCGCGACCGCCGUCGCGGCUCGCCCCGCCAUCGCCGCUCUUCGCGUCCGUACUCGGCGCGCCGUUGCUCAACACGCCAGCGACGCUCCUCGCAACGAUGGGACAUCCGAGGUUUCGCAACAACGGGCCCCGGGACGGCGUCUAA